AUGAAAAUGAAUUUUAAAUUAAUCUCACCGUUUUCAACUUCUGCUAUUUGUAAAGUACCAAAUGCAAUAUAUGAAACCAACAGAUCAUGGACUACUGAUCAUUCUGUAAGAUUGAAUCUUCCCACUACACAACAAGCCAUUUUGUCCUUACCUAUGGAUAUAGAUGAAGAAUUGAUCGAUCUCAAUGUAUUGACUAAAAAUGAUUGUAAUAUUAUUGAUAUAACAGGUAUUUAUUCCAAUGGAUAUUUAGAACCAACAAUCUGUGUUACAGUGCCUGUAUCCAUGGAAAAUAUUGGCGAUGAGUCUAUUUUAAGUUUAAUUAAAAAUGAAUUAUCUAAAGAUAUAUUAAAAUUGUCUGUAGAAUUUCAAUUAGAUUUAAUUAUUACUAAGGAUCCAACUUAUUGUAGAUUUAAUACUCAAGAUCCAAGUUAUUCAUUUUAUGUUCAUAUGGUUGGUUUAGAAUCGCAUGUUAAAUGUUGCGAGACUCAUCUAGUGACAGUUUUGAAACUAUUUACGAAUUCAAAAUUAAAUAAACCAAUCUUUGUCGAAUAUUUGGACAUACCAUCAUACUCUUUAUUACCUGUAUGUAUAGGGGUUGAUAUGGUUAACGUUAAACACAUGUCAACAACAUACAAAGCUGAUAUCCAUCUACCGUCAUUGCUAUCAUUUAAUGAAGAUUUAAAAGCUCAACCUCAAAUUUUUUUCUCUGGUGGUAACAGAAGUUUAAUAUCAGAUGCAAAAUUUGUUAUGUCUGAAUACAUUAAAAAAGCAAAAGACAACAUGUUUUAUAGAAAAUUUUCAAGUGUAUCCCCUGCAAAAUUAUUAUUUAUUAGAAAAUUUUGUCAACAAGAGAUAAUAAAAUUAAUGAUAAAAUAUCAUUCUUUUAUUAAAGUAACAAAAUAUUCAAUAGAGUUCCAAGCAUCUUCUUUAGAAUUAUUGGAGAUUAUAACAAAAGUUUUCACUGCAAAAAUUUUACACAACAUAGUAGAGAUUCAAUUAAUAAUGGAUGAUUCUUUCCAUUUUACAAAUGAAAAUAUUAAGAAUAUAUUAGAUGUAUCGGAUAAAAAGCAAAUUAUAGCAAUGCAAUCAUUAGAAAAUACAAAUCAAAUAGUCAUUGUAGGAAAACAUACAAACCACAUGUAUGACAAUGAACCGUUCGAUAAGAAAAGUAAUAUCUCUCAUUAUCUAUCAUCAUUAUUUAGUAAUGAAGCGAUUUUAAAGGCAACUAAACAAUUGAAAGCAUUUUUUGAAAUUCAUCCUGAUUAUGAAGAAUUUAUUUCUGGUAAGAAAAAUGGUAAAUUAACUAGAAUCAUGGAAGUAUCAGAAUGCCUAAUUAGUCUAGAAAUGUAUGAAAAUGAUGAAAACAUGUUUUUAAGUUUAAUUGCUAAUACUUAUCCAGAAUUUUUAAGUGCUUUUCUUCAAUUCAUAGAUGAACUUCCUGCUGAAGAAUCAUUUUUCAUUCCAGAAGUUUAUCAUCGUCCAGUAAUUGGAUCAGGAGGUUCUGUAAUCCAAACAACAAUGAGGAAACAUAACGUUUUCAUACAGUUUUCAAAUAGUUUCCUAUUACCACAAAAUGAGUUCUCUCACAUAAGAUAUGAUAACGUCAUAAUAAGAUGUCCAACUAAAAAUGAAAUGGGGAUUAAAAUGGCCAAGAAAGAAUUAAAUACAUUAGCUCAUAAUUAUGGUUCUUUACAAUGUAAGACUUUAGUAAAGUUUACUCCAGGACAAUACCGUUAUAUAUUAUCAAAUGGUUCAAACGUUAUAAGCCAAAUAGAAAAAACAAUGAAUGGAUAUAUUAUGUUUCCAUUCGAAGAACCUAAGGAAGGAUAUUUAUUAGAAAUUAGAGGAAAUAAUGAAAAUUCAUUAGCUGCAGCAGAAGAAUUAAUCAAAUCAAGUUUCGGUUUAGAAACUGAAAUAUAUUUGAAUGAAACUAUUAAAGAUUUUGAUAGUUUUUAUAAUACUGUUCUCGUUCCGUUCAAAAGAGUUAUGUCAAUUGAAGUUACUUUCCAUGAAGAUAUGAUACGGUUGACAUAUGGACAAGAUAAUAAACAAUUUAGUAAAGCUCUUUUAUUAUUAGAGGAGUAUUUAAGAUCUAUCAAUUUAAGGAUCGUUAAACAAGAAACAUUCCAUGGAGUAAUCAUCGAUCCAGAGACUACCCCUAACGAUGAAGGAAUCAUAAAGAAUCGUAACUUAAAUCAAUUAGAUCAAUACCAAAAUCAUUCAAGAUUGCAAAAUAAAAACUCAGGGACAUUUAUUAAACCAUCAAAAGUAUACUCUCAGUAUCCUUACUCAAGAUAUGGAUAUUCUUAUGAAUGUGAAAAUGGUUACAGAUAG